UUUACAACCACGUCACCAGGAAAUACAUCCCGGAGUUCCAACAUGCGGAGACAGGAUUUCCAAGACGCUCCUCUUUUUGGUGAAGAUGACGGUAACAUCAGCCAAAGAAAGUCCAAAAUAAGACACCCGCUGGUCACAUUCUUCCACAUCUUCUUCCGAGCAAGUGCCAUUUUGGUUUACCUGCUAUGCGACAUCUUCAGCAGCCGUUUCAUCGCCUCCAUGGUCACCAUCAUCCUCCUGCUGUCAUGUGACUUCUGGACCGUAAAGAAUGUAUCUGGCAGACUGUUGGUGGGCCUUCGGUGGUGGAAUCAAGUGGAUGAAAAUGGAACGAGCCACUGGGUAUUUGAGUCAAAGAAGACACACAGUCUGAACACGAGUGCCGAGUCUCAGAUCUUCUGGCUUGGACUCGUCGUGUGCCCCAUGUUCUGGAUCGUUUUUGUGUUCAGCACCAUCUUCUCUUUCAAGAUUAAAUGGCUGGCUGUAGUAAUCAUGGGCUUGGUGUUACAAUGGGCCAACCUGUAUGGUUAUGUCAGAUGCAAGAUGGGUGGGAAGUCCAACCUGGGAAACAUGGCAAAGAACUAUCUCGGUGUCCAGCUUUUUAAGCAGGCAAUGAAGAAAACAGAGGGACCUUGAAGUUGAAGUGGAGGAGGGACGGCACAGCUGCAGUGUGAUGGGCACUUUAUAUUUACUUGAUUCCGUUUGGUCUUUUCUGAGGGUGUGUGGAGUUAUUUUCUUUAGCUUUUUUGAUCAAAUUAUUUUGUAUCUCUGAAUUAAUUAUCUGAUGAAUACAGGAAUAUUUGCCAAACUUUUCUAAUAGUUAAAAAAGAACAAUGUAGUUGCUUUUGAGAAUACAUUUUAUUCAGUAGUUUAGGCUGUGCACCAUUUCUGAGCACAGGGAGACUUGUACUUUUUAAAAUGUAAGGUAAUUUUUGUAAUUUAAUCAAUAACUGCAAUGGUGAGCUGAGUUUACCCCAAAACUGCCCAUAAUAAGCUUUAUUUAUCCUGAAAGGAUAGUUGACCAAAGUUAGCCAAAACUGUAAUUUAACCUUUUAGGACACAAUAGUUUCUAGUCUACUGCUCCAGUCAGUUGCUGUGUGUUAUUGUGCGACAUUAGUGAAUCCAAACUAAUCCCCCAAAACACAAGAAAAUUUACACAACACAAAGUAAUGGGUGGAUGCAUGCAGCAGUAGACCAGAGACUCCUGUAUUCAGCAAAGUUAAAUUGUUGUUUUGUCCUGUGGAGUCUGGUGACUUUGAAAAGCACACAGUUGGAUAUAACUGCUUCAGUUCCAAGUUAAAGUGGUUAAAUAUUCUUAAUAUAGGUUAUGUUUAAACAUAUGCUGAUAUUUUUUAAGUGGCUAAAAUGUUUUUUUUUUCCCUGCAGCCCCUAACCACGUCAGUACAUUGCCAACCACCAUCUACUGUAGCUAAUACACUAAGUUAAGACACGUACCUCAUACAUCCCCAACAACCCAAGUUCAGGGCAGUUUUGUUGGAAAAACAUGCUGCAUGCUGAUGUGAAAAGGGCUUUUGGGGAUAACAUUUAUAAAUAGAUUUGUUGCCUCUUUGUGCCUACUGUUUAAACUCGGAAUGUGGACCAUACUACUUUUACUUGAUUUAAUCACAACUUUAUUUUGUUUAAAAAACAAAAAUGAAAUGAAUUUUUUGUCAUGAAUGUCAUGGUUUGUGGGGUAUGGUUUGGAGUGGUUUAUAAAGUAUAAUGUUUAAAAAACACGCUGUGUAGAUGUGA